AUGGGCGACUGGAACCUGCUGGGCAGCAUUCUAGAGGAGGUCCACAUUCACUCCACUAUCGUGGGAAAGAUCUGGCUGACCAUCCUCUUCAUCUUCCGGAUGCUGGUCCUCGGCGUGGCAGCCGAGGACGUGUGGGUGGACGAGCAGGACCAGUUCAUCUGCAACACGGAGCAGCCAGGAUGCAAGAACGUCUGCUACGACCAGGCGUUCCCGAUUUCCCUCAUCCGCUUCUGGGUGCUACAGAUCAUCUUCGUGUCCUCUCCCUCGCUGGUGUACAUGGGGCAUGCCCUGUACCGGCUGAGGACCCUCGAGAAGGAGAGGCACCAGAGAAAAAUCCAGCUGAGGGCGGAGCUAGGAGAGACCGAACCCUUGCUGGAGGAGCACAAGCGGCUGGAGAGAGAACUGCGGAAGCUGGAGGAGCAGAAGAAAGUGAAGAAGGCUCCUUUGAGGGGCUCCUUACUGCGCACAUAUAUCAUUCAUAUCCUUACCAGAUCAGUGCUGGAGGUGGGCUUCAUAGUGGGGCAGUAUAUCUUAUACGGCAUUGGACUGGAUCCUUUGUACAAGUGCGAGAGGGUGCCUUGCCCAAACAGCGUGGACUGUUAUGUCUCCAGGCCCACGGAGAAGACCAUCUUCAUGGUUUUCAUGCUUGUCAUUGCGGGGGUCUCUCUGUUCCUCAACCUUUUGGAGAUAUCCCACUUAGGGGUGAGGAAAAUCAAGCAGACCCUGUCUGGCCUGCAGUACACAGAGGAAGACAGUCUGUGUAAGCCAAAGCUUGCACCAACCGUCCAGUCGCUCUGUGUAGUGGCGGAUUCUUCGCCACACAAAUCCGCACAGUUGAAAACAUUCAUCCCGACUGGGCACACGGACCUUCCGCCAUUGUACUUAGCCAACACGUGUCUGAAUCCCUGUGCCGAUGGGCAAAGGCACAACAGCUUUGCUGACACCACCCUCCCUGUGUCUUGCAUAACACAGCAGCCUAGGCAAACGCGUCAGCCCAGUCAAGGGAUGAUCCAUGACCUGCGCUUUCGACUUCCGAUGGAGCCGCACGUUGUUGAGGAGGAUGCCGAUGACCAACGUCCAGAAAGCAGCAGCGGUUCAUGUGGGGACAGCAGACCUUCAAACUCAUGUCAACAAAGUCACGAGGGUCUUCUCACCCAAAGGCCCAGUCAUGCGGAGAUACCGGCCUGCUUGCGCAACGCCCUGCACAGGCCAAGCCAUGUGCCAGAUCUUGUGGAUGAUGGCAAGGACUCCACGGACAGUGAAUUACUGUACCCCAACCCCAGGAAGGCCAGUUUCAUGGCUCGAAUGCCCUCGGACAGCAUGUCGGACAGCCCGUCUUGUACUCCCACAAGAAGCUCUGAGUCCGAGCUGGGCUCCCUCACUGACCUUCCUAUGAACCCACCACCAGGGGGACGGAGGAUGUCAAUGGCAAGUAGAGCCAAAAGACACAUGACUACUGAUUUGGUCAUUUAG